AUGAAAUCGCAAGCAGAGAAUUCUACGGAAGAAGUUCCAUCGCUAACGUUGAAUAUCGAAUUGAGUGGAGUGCGUGUACUGGAUGUUAGACUUACGUGCUAUACGGCAUUUCACGUUGAUCAUACCUACGCGUCUUUUGCCGCUAUUGAUGGUACCCAGAAGCUAUCUUCGGCAGUGUAUGUCUCCAGCCCUGUGCAUGACUUGCGUUACAGUUUAUUUGCAUUCUCGGCACAUUUUGGUACAUUGCUUUCUAUACUCGUCUUUUAUAUUUCGUUGAAAAGUAAAAAAAAACACAUUACUAUGCAUAUAUCAUCUUAA